AAUGAAUUUAAAUCUGUAUUUGAGAGAAUAGAGAGAGAGACACACACCCUUGUGCCACCAACUUUGUGGUGCUGAGUGAUCAAAUGAACCCGUAUUUGGGUUUUUUGGUGGAGAAAAUUGGGGACCAAAAGGUAUAAAAAUGGAUUGGAUUUUUGGUGGGUUUUGUAAGGAAUCAAAUUGAAUCCAAAUGAAUUUUGAUUUUGAGGAACCAGUGAAGAUUUAGGUACAGGAUGAGGAGAGAGAUUUAUUAUUGUCUUAUUUUUGUUAAAACUUUAUCAUCGUCUCACCAUUCAAAUUGUUUUAAAUUUGAAAGGAUAUGAAUGAUUUAGAUCCAUUUAAAUUUAAAAUAACAAGUCAAAGUCAAUGUAGUUAUCCUAGCAACGAAGCCAAUCAAAAGCAAAGAGAGAUGGAUAGACUUGAGAAGAAAAAAAAAUCUUCAGAUAUAAGGACAUUUUAAUUAAUUUUUAUUAUUAAAUUAAGAUUAAUAAAUAAUAAAAUAUAAAUUAUAACACAAUGUUAAAUCUCAAAAAUAUUUAUUGGAAGGACACUCCUCCAGUACUACCGGAGAAGGAACAAAGGGGCGCUGCGUCUCGUCUAGUUUCUUUUUUUUGCAAGCCCCGGUUUGAUUUUGGUGCGUUGCAAUCACAGUUUCACCCUCGUUCCUUUUCGGGAAAUUCAAAACCUGCAGGGGUAGUAUCGUCUUUAUGAUUAUUCCUAUUUUAAGACGCAGUACUCGAAUGACUGUUCUUCUCUAAUUUCGAAGACGAGCCAGACGCCAUAAACCAGGGUGUUCAUACUUCAUUGGAUUAGUGAUCGACGAUAAUACCCCUAGAAGCCCUUUUUUCCCGUAAAUGUACUCCCCCCUGGAAGCUUGUCUGGUGGGAGGGUAUAUUUGUGAAAUCAGGUUUCCCGACGCCGACCCCGAGCGCAUCUUUGUAUUCUAAUAGGAUCCUUUCUCCAAUUCUCAAUCACUGAUUGAAGAUUGAAGAGAGCGAGAAGGAGAUGGGUUCGGAAGGUAACAAGAUAAGCGACGGGACGGGCUUCCAACCGUCGGAGCCGCUGCUUUGCGCGAACGGCUGCGGAUUCUUCGGUGCGGCGGCAACGAUGAACCUCUGCUCCAAGUGUUACAGAGACCUCCGCGUGAAGGAGGAACAGGUUGCCUCUGCCAAAGCCGCCAUGGACAAACUGGUCCACCUGAACGAAACACCCAAGUUCUCCGAGGUGUCCCAUGUUGGCUCCUCCUCCUCGGAGGCGGUGGCGCCGUCGGGAGGGGAGGUACCGGCCGGCCAGCCCGAGCCGGCGGUGAACCGGUGCUCGAGCUGCAGGAAGAAGGUGGGCCUGGCGGGGUUCCGGUGCCGGUGCGGCGCCACGUUGUGCGGGACCCACAGGUACCCGGAGAAGCACGGUUGCGAGUUCGAUUUCAAGGCGGCGGGUCGGGACGCCAUCGCCCGGGCCAACCCGGUGGUGAAGGCCGAUAAAGUGGAGAGGAUCUGAAAGGAACUGGGCUGGGCCGAACGGAACCAGAGUUGGAGCGGGUUGGUGAGGACAGCUGUAUAUGUACUGGACUGGUUGAUGACGGCUGCCUUAAUAGGGGUUGGUUUGGGAGUUGGGGUAGGAUGAUGAAUCAGUACUGUUAAUUAUUGUUAUUAUUAUAUAAAUAUAUAUGGGUUUAUAAGACUAGAGAUUACGAUUAAUAGUAUGUUAAUAAAAGAAAAAUAAUAAUAAUAGACAUUACUGUACUGUUGCAUUCA